AUGACAACGGGACUUUCUUGGAUGUUAUAUAGGGAAGGACAUAUUUAAAAAGAAGUCCUUUUUGGUUAAAAUAUAGAGAAAUUGGAAUAAGAUAGAAAAUUAAAUACUCUUUUUGAAGAAAUAGAGCUUCCUGAUGGCUAGAAAAUAUACCAUAAUCAAUUUAAUGGAUAUAUAUCGGAUAUUUUUUAGUAAGAAAAAUAAGUCAGAGGCGGUAUUUUGGCUGAUUAGAUGGGUUUGGGGAAAACUUUGAUGAGUAUUUCCUUAAUUUAAUAUGAUUUGGAAAAAAAUAGGAGGAAAAAGGGUCAAUUGGGUACUUUAAUUGUACUUACAGUAACCACUUUAGGUCAAUGGAGGAAUGAAAUUGAUAAAUUUUCAGUUUAAGGCAGUGUUAAAGUCCUUUCUUUUUAUGAAAAAAGAGAUUCUAUGGAAGGAAAUAUUGUAGAUUAUGAUAUUGUAUUAACUACAUACGGAGUUUUAGGUAUUGAGUUUAAAAAAAAAGACAAAAGUAUUAUAUUUAAAAAUAAUUGGCGAAGAGUAAUACUAGAUGAAGCAUAAAAAAUUAAAUCUAAAGAAAGUUAAGUCUCUGAAGCAUGCUAUUUUUUAAAAAGUGAAUUCAAAUGGGCUCUUACGGGUACUCCUUUAGAAAAUAAGAUUGAUGAUUUGUAUUCUUUGUUUAAAUUUUUAGAGGUUAACGCGUUUUCGGAAUGGAGAUUUUGGAAAAAAUAUGUGUCUUUGGGUAAUAGUAGUGGUUAGUUUGGGAUGAAUACUGAUGUUUUACAUGCUUUAUUGAAGCCAAUUAUAUUAAGGAGAUAGAAAGAUUGUAAAUAUUAAGAUGGUAAAGAUAUAAUUAGUUUGCCGAAAAAGAAUAUUUAUUUAACGAAAAUUUAAUUAGAUAAAGGUGAAAAACGACUAUAUUAAAUGAUACAUGAUAAGAGUUAGAAUAUUUUUAAUUAGUUAAACUAAGAAAAACUAAUUGAAAAGAAUUAUAUUCAUGUGUUUUAAAUUAUUAAUAAAUUAAGACAAUUAUGUGUACAUCCAUCAUUGGCUUUCCCGAAUUUAAACGACUUAGAUUUUAAAGAAGGAAACGAAUAAUAGAUUGAAGAUUAAUUAGAGAUUUUUUUUGGCAAAUUCUAGAAACUUAAAGAAGACAAUAAUAACAAAAAUAAUAAAAAUGUUUAAAUAUCAGAAAGCUAUAAAAACUAAUUAAUUAAUUAAAUAAAAAAUAAAGAAUUCUAAUAAUGUCUAGUAUGUUUUGAAGAUAUAAUUAUACAUUCAAUAAGUAAAUGUGGACAUGUUUUAUGUAAAAAUUGUUUUUAAUAUAGUAUUUUAUAAAAUAAAAAUUGUCCUAUGUGUAGAACAUCUUUAACAUUAGAAGAAUUGACUGAAAUAAUAAUAGAAGAUGACGAUUUUGUAUAACCUAAAGAAUACUUAGAUUUUGAUAAAGUUUCUGGAUCUAAAUUAAAGAAAAUACUUGAAUUAAUAGAUGAAAUACAUAAUAAGAAGGAACAAGUGAUUAUAUUUUCUUAAUACGUUCGUAUGUUAUCAGUUUUAGAAUAUUAAUUAUGUAAAAAAGGAAUUUCUUGUAGAAAAUUGGACGGUAAAACAUCUGCUAAAAAUAAAUCUGAAAUCGUAAAGCUAUUCACAAAAGAAUUUUAAAAUAAACUUCUUUUUUAAAAACCAACGGCACUUUUAGCUUCUCUUAAAGUGGCAUCUGUUGGACUUAAUCUAGUGGGUGCUAAUAAUGUUAUUUUAUGUGAUCCUUGGUGGAAUCCAGCUAUUGAAGAUCAGGCAGUGGAAAGAGUACAUAGAAUUGGAUAAAAUAAGGAAGUUUUUGUAUGGAGAAUCAUUUGUGAAGAUACUAUUGAGGAAAGAAUACAUUAAUUACAUGAAGUCAAGAGGAAAAUGAUUAAUAAUGCACUUACUUUUAACAAAAAUUAAAAUUAAAAUAAUGCUAUAUAAGAUCUUAUUUAUAUUAUGUAAUGA